CACCACUUCUCUUAGAAGUUACAAAAAAACUGUGUGUGAGAGAGAAUUCAGAGGCAUAUUGAAAGCCAUGGUUUUGUGCUUAAACCAACGCAUGUUAUCUCCAAUUAUCUCCUCCAUUACUGUUUUAUGUUUAUUGUCGAUUCAUUCUUCCAUUGCUGAAAAGCUUCCAAGGUUCGAACAUCGUCUAAAACGACAACAACAAUCUCUGAACUUUUUGGUCGUUGGAGAUUGGGGAAGAAAAGGAAACUACAAUCAAUCUUUUGUCGCUCAUCAGAUGGGAAUUGUGGGAGAGAAUUUAAAUAUAGAUUUUGUGAUCUCAACUGGUGACAAUUUUUACGAUGAUGGUUUAGAAGGAGUUGAUGAUCCAGCAUUCUAUGACUCAUUUGUUAACAUCUACACUGCCCCAAGCUUGCAAAAGAUUUGGUACACUGUUUUGGGAAACCAUGACUACAGGGGUGAUGUUGAAGCGCAAUUGAGCCCAAUUCUAAGACAAAAAGAUGGCAGAUGGGUCUGCUUGAGAUCUUUUAUUCUUGAUGCAGAGAUUGUAGAAUUUUUCUUUGUGGACACAAAUCCAUUUGUAGAAAAGUACUUUACAGACCCAGAAGAGCUUGAAAAGCACACCUAUGAUUGGAGAGGUGUUCUACCUCGUGAAACUUACACUGCAGAGCUCUUGAAGGAAGUUGAUUCAGCUUUGGUGCAAUCCAAAGCAAAAUGGAAGAUAGUGGUGGGUCAUCAUACCAUCAAAACUGCUGGACAUCAUGGUAAUACUCAAGAACUUGAAGAGCUUCUUCUUCCCAUCUUAAAGUCAAACAAUGUUGAUGCAUACAUCAAUGGACAUGAUCAUUGCUUGGAGCACAUAAUUGACAAAGAAAGUGGAAUACAAUUUUUGACAAGUGGAGGUGGAUCAAAGGCAUGGAGGGGAGAUGUGAAGCCAUGGGAUGAAGAAGAAUUGAAGCUGUAUCAUGAUGGGCAAGGGUUCAUGUCUGUUCAAAUGACAGAAACCAAUGUUGAUAUUGUAUUCUAUGAUGUUUUUGGAAAGGUUUUGCAUACAUGGAAGAUGUCUAAAGAGUUUAAAUCAGCUGCAUAGAUACAAUAAGCACAAAAUAGGAGUAUAUGAUAAUGUUGUAUGCAUAAAUAAAUGAUAUCAUUAUAGAUUAUUCUUCUCCAGUGGAUUGAUUAAUUGGUUGUCAUGGAGAAAGGAAUAAAAGAUUGUGCUACUAUGUAUAUCAUGCACAACUUGUAUAGGUCUUAUUAGCACUGUUUGAUUUUGGAAAACACAUUGAAUUUCAAAGAUUUAGAUCCUUUCUUUCU